AUGGCGGACUCCUCGAAACUCGGAGCUGAGUGUAGGAAGAAUCCGAAAGUACAGAAACCGGAAGAAACGGAUCAGAAAAAACACCAAUCUACAUUCCAUGGAGUGAAAGAUCGCCAAACUGAUAAAGAAAACGUGAAGGAAUUGGAUAAAGAAAAGCUACUCAUUGUAAUUCCUGAGAAUGAGAUGACUAAUUCCUCUAAUGCAGAUCGCCAAACUGAUAAAGAAAACGUGAAGGAAUUGGAUGAAAAAGAGCCACUCAUUGAAGUCCCUGAGAAUGAGAUGACUAAUUCCUCUAAUGCAGAAUCACAAAUUGAUGAGGCCAUAUUUGACCAAUGGAAACAGGAAGACUCUUGUUUUAUUUCAACAAAGGCGUGUGAAGAAGUAGAAAAAAAUAUUGAAAGCAGUAACCUGGUUAUUGUUGCUGGUCAUUCAGGGUCCGGGAAAUCUGCCAUUAUGCAACAUAUUGCGCUCAAAUACAGGGAACAGGGCUGGGCCAUAAAACGAGUAAAACAAGUAAAAGAUAUUGUUGCUGAAUAUUCUUCAAGUCGAUUCAAAAAGGACAAAACCAUUUGUGUUUUCAACGAUCCAUUGGGAAAAGAAUCUUUUGAUGAAAUAUUGAAUAAUUCCUGGCAAACAUACGAGGAAGAAUUGAAGUUAUAUUUGAGAACUGCAAAACUUUUGAUGUCGUGUAGAAGUCACAUCAUUUCUGAUGCUAGAUUGACACGUUAUCUCAAUAAUCAAUCACUUAUCGUUAACAUCGAUGAAAACAAAUACAAAUAAUCCGUAAAUGAAAAACGUCAGAUUUUGACCAAAUAAACAUACGAUAUGAAAUUAUCGGGAAAAGAUUGUAAAUAAUGAAAUCGUUGCAGUAGAAAACGAUUUCCCUUUAUUGUGUAAGUUAUAUUCUAGCAAAGAAGAAUACAAAAACAAAUAUUCAGAUUUUUUACAGAACCUGUAAUAAUGCUAAAAGAGGAAAUAAUAGGGUCCAGGAAAGACGAUCAGGGAAAUUAUUGUGCUUUGGCACUUCUUGGUCUUUUCAACGGUGAUCUUUGCGUAAGUUAUCUUUAUCAUGACUUUGUGAUGGAACUUACCACUUAUGUAUUUGGAACAGAAAAUUCAGCAGAAACAGUAAGAUACGCUGACAUUGGCUUUCUCAGAAAAAGAGUAAGACUGGGAAAUAGUGAAAAACACAACAAUUCGUUUACUAUUUUUUUCAGUGACGGAUACAUAGAGGAACUUAAAGAAAGGCUUUAUACUGAACUGUUUGGCGAACGCUUGUUAGAUGUCGUGCUCAAUCCUUGUCUGAGGAAUAAAAAAGUAAUUGAGGUACUAAAAAACAAAAUAGAAGAUCAUCCCGAAAAUCAAAAAAUGUUACUAGAAACAAAAGAGCUUACAAUUGAUAAACAAGAUCUUGAGAGGACUACUAAAAGUUUGCAGAUGUCUAAGCUUGAAUUUGUGGAAUUAGAAAAUAAACUAUCGCCACUCUGCGCUCUGAUUGCAUUUUGUCAUACACAGCUAUCAGAGUACUGUUUAAAUAUUUAACCACUUAUUUUCUGAUUUCCGCGAUUUGUUGCAAUGGUUCAAAAGAAUUGUUUUAUAAUUUUUUUAAAAACAAUACCAAGGACAUUUUGAAAAAGGCAUGGAGGGUCUUUACCCUAUUCAUAUCGUAUCUUUGUUCCAAAAAUAUGAAUUACUUGAUGAGUUAAUUAAAA